CUGCGGCCCUUCAUCUUUGACCAACUCGCGUAGUAUUUGCUCUUCUCUAUAAUGAUAGUCUUCUCCAAGUCUUCCCAGGGACCACCAAGACAACGUACCUUCUAGCCCUCCUGAAUCAAUCGGGCAGAGUUUUUUUUUUUUUACCACCCACCAUCCAACACUUUCACCCUCACCUACACCCCAUUUGUCCCUCUUUAACCCCCACACACACCUCCUUUGGCAAGAUGGCCUAUGAUCCACGGUUAUCCAGUGCGGGCACUGCGACUCCAGAUCCUCCACCUCCCCCUCCUCCCCCUCUAGAGACAACCACUACUUCCACUCCCACAGUCGCGGCAACCAAUGCCAGCGCAAACUCUUCAGAGCGCACAGACUCUCACAAGCUUCGCUUCUGCACAGUAUGUGCAUCCAAUCAGAACCGCUCGAUGGAGGCUCACCUCCGUCUAUCUACCGCCACCUCUCCCUUCCCGGUAAUCUCCUUCGGAACCGGCUCCCUAGUCCGACUCCCAGGGCCAUCUAUCACACAACCUAAUGUCUAUAAUUUCAACACAACAUCCUACUCACAGAUGUUUGACGAGCUCUUUGCCAAGGACGAGCGUCUCUACCGCAACAACGGUAUCCUGAACAUGCUUGAUCGCAACCGAAACGUAAAAUGGGGGCCCGAGCGCUUCCAAGAUUGGGUUCCGGGCUUGCCACGGCUUGACCAUGUUUCGAAGGGCGACAAGGGUGCGUUAGGAACCGAAGGCGGCGUCGUUGAUGUGAUCAUCACCUGCGAAGAACGAUGUUGGGAUGCUGUUGUGGAUGAUCUCAUGAACAAAGGCUCGCCGCUGAAUCGGCCCGUACAUGUCUUCAACGUCGAUAUCAAGGAUAACCAUGAAGAGGCUCUGGUCGGCGGAAAGGCUAUUCUGGAUUUAGCCACGCGACUCGAUGAAGCUGCUACCCAGGAGCAAAAGGCCCUGGGCGGGGAGGGCUGGGAGAACGGGACUGGCGAAGCUCGGAAGGGCUUCGAUGAAAAGGUUCCAGAUAUCCUGGCGUCAUGGCAAGAGAAAUGGCCUAACUUGCCGGCACUAUGGACCUUGGCUUGGUUGUAGACUUUUUUUCCCAGUCUGCGACGAUGCGGGGCAGCUUACUUAGCAGUAGAUUUAUUGUUUACGAUUAUUAUAAGCAUAUUAAUGAAAUAUUGAUGACCCGUAUUCUGAC